AUGCUAUCGGUAUCAACAGUACUGGUGAUCAUCGGUUUAUUAGCGUGUCACCCGCCGCCUCCCGCCCAAGGACGUCAAAUAUGGGCCAAUGAUCCUGCCUUUGGUGACAGUCAAUAUCACACUCUGGCUCGUCGUCGUUUCAGUCAAGAAAGCUUAUCGGCUAUUGGUGAAUUGGCUAAUCUACCAACUUGCCCUGGUAACAUCUGUGGAACACUUAGUGGUGGUGGUAUUACGCCUUUGCUAGCCAAGGCAGAUGAGUGUGCUCAACAAAAGCAUGCAGAGAAAGUUAUCGAAGCUGCUCUGGAUAUGACAAAUGGAAUCACUAGUCAAGAGACCCGUACCAAGAUGAUCGAUAUUGCCAAGAGAUACCGAGCUGCUGAACGUAAUACUCCCCCACGUUAUGAUUGUAACCCGGUUGAAGAACGUAACUCUGUAUACUGUCAAGAGGCUCCUAAAUAUCCACAGCUUGCUGGGAUAGUUCAAGCCCAAAAUCCCAAGAAUAAUCCAAUGGUCUUUUUCGAUCCUAAAGUGACCACUAACUCGUCAUCCGUCAUCAAAGGAACUCAACCCAACACCUUUCCUUUUGGUAAAUCAGGUGGUGCAUCGGGUGGUAGUUCCGGAAGCAGCAGUGGUAGUGAUUCAGACGCAGGCGUCUCACUGGGCGCUACUAACACUUCAGGUCCCUCUGAAUACCCCACUGGAAACUCAAAUGGCACUUCGGGUACAGGAUCGCAGGACACCGGACUCAACAAUACUACGACAGAAGGAUCUGAUUACCCGACUAGCGGCUCUUCAGGUUCAAGCGGUUCCACUACCUCUUCUACUACUCAAGACUCUGGUUCCACAAAUAAUACUGCUGGUGAUAAUAACACGAACACGAAUACGAACUCUACCGGAUCUGAGUAUCUUACUACCGGCGUCACUAGCCCGACUGACGCCACGCCUGCCAACAGCACAGGUGGUGAUACAGGUGGUGGAGACUUGAGCAACAAUAACUCAAGCAUUACGAACUCAUCUUCCGAAGGAUCGAAUUAUCCUACGACUGGAAGUGAUGGAGGCUCAAACGCUACCACCGUCUCGACCACUACCAACUCAUCCUCUGAAGAUACAAACUAUCCUACCACUGGUGGAAGUGGAGGGGGCUCUAACGAUACCAGCCCCUCGACCACUACCAACUCAUCUUCUGAAGAUACAAACUAUCCUACCAAUAGCUCGGGCGGGGAUACGAACUCUAAUGGAACGUCGGGUAACACACAGGACACAGGAACCGGAACCCCUAGCAACGGUACUUCUGAUCUAGGAGGAGGAAGCGGAGGCGGUAAUGGAUCGAUCGUCUCUCCAUCAAAUUCCUCAACUGACUCCCCUCCCGCUGGAAACGGUGGAAGUGGAGAGAUCAGUUACCCUACUGGCGGCUCGAUGAAUGCUAGCUCUGGUUUAGGCUUGGGAGGUGAUAAUAAUACUACAGUCGACGAUCAAGGAGGAGUCAGUAAUAAUACAAGCGGCUCAAGCGAUUCUGGUUCCAGUAGUGGUGGUUCAGGCGGUGGCGCAGGUAGUGGUUCAGGAGGUGGUGCUGGAGGUGGUGUUGGAGGUGAUUCAGGCGGUAGUGCUGGAGGUGGUUCAGGUGGUGAUUCAGGCGGUGGUGCCGGUGGUGGUGCCGGUGGUGGUUCUGGCGGCGGUGCUGGAGGUGUUCCAGGUGGUGACUCAGGCGGUGGUGCUGGAGGUGGUGCCGGUGGUGGUGCUGGCGGCGGUGCUGGAGGUGUUCCAGGUGGUGACUCAGGCGGAGGUGCUGGAGGAGGUGCUGGAGGAGGUGCCGGAGGAGGUGCCGGAGGAGGUGCCGGCGGCGGUUCUGGCGGUGGUGCCGGAGGUGGUUCAGGUAGCACUUCUAGUAGUCUCCCUUUUAUUGAUGCUUCUGGACUUGGUCCUUGUAAAGGUUAG